AUGUUCUAUCGCAAGAAGAAGUCUGCUAGUGAGCUGCCUGAGGUUUUCGGCUAUGACCGCGACGCGCUUGUCUCACUGGUGAAGCGCCGCUACCAGCUACUCGUCGACAUCGGCCACCUGCACCCAGAGGCCGUUCGGGCGCCGUCCAAGCCGGCGGUGUAG